UUAAUUCUACAAUCUAAGAUCUAAUGUAAUGCAGUGCAGCAGGGGACAGAAAAAGAUGAAAAUAUAAGAUCUCAUGCACAUAUAUAUAAUCAUCACACACACAAACACAUUUGUAUGUAUGUGUGUUUGUGUAUGAGUGAGAUGUGACAUGUUUGCUUAUAUAUGAGUGUGUGUAGAUCAGUUCUAGUGACGAUGAUGAGUUGAGUUCACACUGAUUGGUCACCUGGAAAAUUGAGCCAGAAAAAGGCUCAAACCAGAGAGAAAGUUAGCUUAAGAGCAGGAAAAUCAAGAAUUAGCAAGAAAUGGGAUUCACAAUGGGGCUGAAUUUGGUGCUGCUCCUGGCUAUGGUGGCCACCAACCUCCUCUCCCUCUACCACCUCUCCUCCACCAUCCAGUCUAAGUCCCCCGCCCCGCCGCCGCCCGUCCCCGACCACCUGCUCCACCAGCUCCACACCAUACGCGCCACCAUCAACCACCUCACGCGCCUGCACCCCCCCUCUCCCGAAGCCAAACCCACCGCCCCCACCGUCCCCUCGGAGCUCCUCCUCUACACCCACCUCGCCCCCAUCGCCUCCGCCUGUCGCCACCACCCCGAGCUCCUCCACAAGUUCAUGAACUACACUCCGUUUUCCGUUUGCCCUCUCGACGCCGACCUCGCGGAGUCGCUCAUCCUCCGCGGCUGCCACCCGCUCCCCCGCCGCCGCUGCUUCUCCCCGACCCCGCCGAAGCCGCCGGCCUCUCUCCCCACCGACCCGUUUUCGGCCCUCCCCGAUAACGCCAACAUUUGGACCAAAUAUGGCUGCAAGAGCUUUGCGUGCCUCGCGCACCUCAACGCCGAUCUGGGCUUCGACAUGAGCGUCGAAAAGUCCCGAUUUUUGAGCUACAAAACCGAUCUGGAUCUACCCAUCAAGCAGUUCGAGGAGAUCGCCAAGUCGGGUAAGUCCCCGAUCCGGGUCGGGCUCGACAUCGGCGGCGGAACCGCCACGUUCGCCGCACAGAUGCGGCGGAUGAACGCGACGGUGGUGACAACGACCAUGAACCUAGGAGCGCCGUACAGUGAGGCGGCGGCCCUGCGGGGUCUGGUGCCGCUGCACGCGCCGCUGCAGCAGCGGCUGCCGGUGUUUGACGGCGUGCUGGAUCUGGUCCGGUGCGGCCGCGCAGUGAACCGGUGGAUUCCCACGGCGGCGCUGGAGUUCUUGCUCUACGACGUGGACAGAGCGUUGAGGGGCGGAGGGUUCUUGUGGAUCGACCGGUUUUUCAGCAAAAAGGCGGAUCUUGAGAAGGUUUAUGGGCCGUUGAUCGGAAAAUUGGGGUACAAGAAGGUGAAAUGGGCGGUGGCGAACAAGACGGAUUCGAGUGGAGUGAGGAAUGGAGAGGUUUUCUUGACGGCUCUUUUGCAGAAGCCAGUCUCCAAAUGAAGGUUUCUGUUGAGGUGGUUGUGCUGGAUCUUGUCUGCUCUAAUGUUCAUCCACAAAUUCUUCCAGCAAGAACUAAAUUCUCAGCAACUACGCAUCUUCCCACUGCUGGUUAAGGUUGUCGCGGGUGCUCUAAUGAUGUAAAGAUGCAAACAAGUGGCUGAAAAUCUACUGUAAAUCGCAGCAGUUGUAAGGCUGCUGCAGCUCAUCUUGUUGGGAUCACAUUUUAAGGUCGGUUUUAACUAAAUUGCUUGCUUUCUGGUGGCUUUUUGUUAGACUGCGUCGAUGCAUAUUAGAUUCUAGAAAUGAAAUGCAUGGAGAAUUGACAAAAGGGGAAAUGGCUUUCAAGCAUGCAGUUGUUUGAGUGUUUGGUUGAGAGCAAUUUGGAGAUGAAAGAAGAAAAUGAGUUGAUUGCA